CGAAUGAAGAGUAGGCCAAUCGCGGAAGCAGGAGGUGAAGCGAAAGAUUGGACGUUAGCUGCGGAAAACGCCAGGCCGUCAGUACUUGGGCCGCGCAAUAAGUGAUUCGCCGUAGCAGAAAAAUGAAGAAGUCCGCCAUGAUUCGGUGAUAAGUAUUUACGAACUUGUUCCACUGAUUUUCAUUAGGAGAGCUGUUCGAAAUGGAGUGGUCCUAUAAAUACAGAAGAUUCAAUUUGCCCAAAAGAACAAGCGAGCUCAUAGCCUUGAUGGCGGUCUCCGUAACACUGUUUCUCUUUCUGCACACGCGAGACUUGAACACCAAAUUAAAAGAAAUGGAAGUAAGACUGCAACCGGAGGACGUCGUGCCUUCAAAUCAACUGACUGGUAGCAGUGAACCAGCUGAAUCGUCGCGAGUGAAAGCCAUGAUGAAGCUCUUACAAAGUACCGGAGAAAUGUCAACGUUGCAACCUCAACAACUUAACAAUACUCGCAAAGCGCAACACGACGUAGUAUUUUUCAAUAGGGUGCCGAAGGUAGGCUCCCAAACGCUCAUGGAACUACUCAGAAGGCUCAGCAUAAGGAACGAUUUUGGGUUUCACCAGGACCGAGUUCAGAGAGUUGAAACCAUAAGAUUGGCUCCUGAAGAUCAAGCUGCGCUCUCCGGUUUAGUUUCAAGCUAUGAGCCGCCGUCUGUCUAUAUCAAGCACGUUUGCUUUACCAACGUUUCGGCGUUUGGCCUGCCCGAACCGAUCUAUAUUAACCUGGUAAGGGAUCCUGUGGAGCGGGUGAUAUCGUGGUAUUACUACGUCCGCGCACCAUGGUAUUACGUGGAAAGAAAAAUAGCGUUCCCGGACAUUCCGCUGCCCGACCCGAAAUGGCUGAAAAAGGAUUUUGAACAUUGCGUGCUAUCUGGAGAUCGAGAGUGUCGCUACAUACGAGGCGAGGUGAGGGAAGGCAUUGGCGACCACAGACGUCAGUCGAUGUUUUUCUGUGGCCAUCACGUAGACUGCCUUCCGUUCAAUACUGAGGGUGCUUUGGAAAGGGCGAAACGAGCUGUUGAAGAAAACUACGCGGUGGUGGGCGUCUUAGAGGAAAUGAAUACCACUCUGACAGUGCUGGAACAUUACAUACCCAGGUUUUUCGAGGGAGCGUCCGAUGUCUACUGGAACGAGAUAAGCAGGUACAAGCCGAUCAACAAGAACAACUUCAAACCGCCGGUGAGCGAAGAAGUCAAGAAUAUCGUAAGAGCCAAUUUCACCAAGGAGAUUGAGUUCUACGAAUUCUGCAAACAGAGGCUUCAUAAACAAUACUUGGCACUAAAGCUGGACAAGUCUUAGCGAGCAAACAACUUGGUGACACUUUUAUUUAUUUCAUUAUGUUCUGAGAAAACACACAAGAAACAAGACUUGCAAUUUUGCCAAUACCUAAGGUUUAUGUGACAUUUGUUUUUAAGUGUUCGUUAUUAUGGUAUUGUAGAUAAUUUAACGUUAACGUGUAGGAUUCGCUUAGAUAUUUAUAUUUGCUACGUGUAUAGGAAUAAGUCAUCGCUCAUCGAUCAUGUAGGUACAAACAUUUUUAGUAAUUUUGUAGAAUCAUCAAAACAAUUGUGAUACUUGCGAAAAGAAAUUGUGGUCCAAUAAAACCGUAAGUGCUUGGGACUUUUUCUUUACACCAAUAAACAUC